AUUCCACAGUGAGAUGAAUAAUGGCCUCGACAGGCCAGCGAGCAUUCGCUCAAAAAUUAAAUAAACAAGGUGCAGCCGAAGUGAGAAAAGCAGUGUCAUCAACAGUAUAUGCCCCAUCAGAUCUAGCUAGAAGUGUCAGUGGGUUAAAUCUUACUGUGCCACUAAGUGACGUUGUAGAUCCACCAGAAUAUGAAGAAUUUGUCCUACAGAACCAAUGUACAGUAGAAAGAGAUCCACAUAGAGAUCUUAUAUUAUACCCUGAUAAUGAUGAUGUUGAUGUCCAUUUCUUGCCAAAAAGAUGCAGGACUAUCAGUCAUAUUGUUCCAGAAAUUGGGGCUGAGACGGAUACGCAUGUAUUUGACUUUGUACGGAGGUACACUGCUGAUUAUACUGUAGUCUCUAGAAGAUACCAGAGGUACAGUUCCAGUGUGUGUAGUAAGGAAAAGUUAACAGAUAGAGAUGGAUUGGAUCAACAGCAAUAUGAAGUAGAUGUUGAAGAUUCUAUGCCACAACCAGAAAAAGAUGUUAGUUUAAAAAGGCAAUCCAUCCACAUGAAUGACACACCACGUGGAAGUUGGGCCAGUAGUAUAUUUGAUCUGAAACAAUCACAAGCUGAUGUAUUACUACCUAACCUGUUUGAACAGAUGUCUUAUGAACAAGUAGACAAACAGAACGAGGACCAACGACAACAAAACAGAUUAGAUUCCUUGUUCAGCAUGUAUGAAAUACCAGAUGAGGAGGAAAAGAUAGAAAGAAGACCCCCAGCUGUUGUUCCACAAGAACAUUUUGGACACAGGAUAUUAGUUAAAUGUCUUAAUCUGAGAUUAGAGUUAGAAUUUGAACCAAUAUUUGCCUGUAUGGCUUUAUAUGAUUCUAAAGAAAAAAAGAAGAUAUCAGAAAACUUUUACUUUGACAUGAACUCUGACAAUCUAAAGAAUAUGAUAUCAAAUCAUGUACCAAAGCAGGACGUGUCUACCCUGAGUAGGAGCUGUGUAUUAAGUCUUACAUAUCCUUCACCAGAUGUUUUCCUAGUCAUUAGGCUUGAGAAAGUGUUACAACAAGGAGACAUUGGGGAAUGUGCUGAUCCAUAUCUAAAGGAAGAUAAGACAAAAGAAGAGAAACACAGAGGGAAUGCUAUGCAGUUUUGUGAUAGACUUGGUAGAUACAGGAUGCCAUUUGCUUGGACAGCUAUAUAUCUGAUGAACAUUGUAACUGGAGCUAGCAGUAUGGAGAGAGAGUCGUCAGUUGAUAAAUUUGAUCAAGAUCUUUCUAGAACAUCCAGCCUGGACAGAAGAAGUAGCUCCAGUUUACCAGGUCAAUAUGACAGUUUCAGGAAACGUAACCGUGAGGAUAGUAUUUCAAGGAGAGGCUCAUUUGAUAGAGGUCGUACAGGGUAUGAGAGAAGAGGUGGUUCACCAGAUGAUUACGGGUCAAGUUUAGAUAAUUUCAAACCAGUAACAUUAACUGUCUCUAGUUUCUUUAAACAGGAAGGGGACAAAUUGAGUGAUGAAGAUCUGUACAAAUUUUUGGCUGAUCUCAAACGCCCAUCAAGUGUGCUUAAACGAGUCAAAUGUCUACCUGGUACUCUGAAGUUGGACAUCUCUCCCUGUCCAGAGGAACCAAGAUAUUCCCUGACCCCUGAACUUUGGAAGGUUGAACCUUACCCUGACGACAAGAGUCGACCAAUCAAAGAAAUCCUUGAGUUCCCAUCACAUGAAGUUUAUGCCCCAUUCACUAUUUACAGGAAUAUGUUGUAUGUCUAUCCAAAAAGUCUGAAUUUUGCGAAUCGUCAAGGCUCUGCCAGAAACUUAGCAGUAAAAGUGCAGUUCAUGGCAGGUGAAGAAGAAAGUUGUGCCUUACCUGUGAUUUUUGGUAAAUCCGGAGGACCAGAGUUUGUAAGAGAAGCAUACACACCUGUCACUUAUCAUAACAAGACUCCAUGUUUCUAUGAUGAAGUCAAGAUCAAACUCCCAGCUAAGCUGACAGAAGCCCACCAUUUAUUAUUCACAUUUUAUCAUAUCAGUUGUCAGAGUAAGAAAGGUGAAGUGGGACCAGUAGAACUUCCUGUUGGGUAUACAUGGUUACCUUUGUGUAGAAAUAGCAAACUGUUGACAGGAGAAUUCAAUCUUCAUGUGUCUAUAGACAGACUACCAGCUCAUUACCACAACUUGUACCCAGAUCCUCAUUUGCCCUCAAUGAAGUGGGUUGAUAAUCACAAAGGAGUAUUUAACAUUGCUAUCCAGGCUGUAUCAUCAAUUCAUACACAGGAUGAUUAUUUGGAGAAAUUCCUCAAUUUAACCAGGCAUGCACAAGAACAGAAACUACCCAUGAUGAAAACUGAACUGCAAUUUGAAACUGAUCUGAAAAUGAGCCUUAUAGAGCUGCAAAAAGUCAGAGGAGAAAAUCUUAUACAAUUUCUACCACUGGUUAUGGAUAAAUUGAUUCUAUUGAAUGUUCGUCCACCUGUCUUGGGUGGCCAGUCAGUAAAUAUAGGUCAGCCAGCCUUUGAAUCCAUGGCCAAUGUUGUAAAGAAAGUACAUGAGAUUCUUGAGGAUAAGAAUGAUCAUAAUGGAAGGAAUGCUCUGUUGGCUUCAUACAUCCAUUAUACUUGUUCUCUGCCUCAUCCUGGUCUUGUUCAUCAAUCUUCAUCCAUAAAUUUUGCCAGUCUAGCCAAUGCUUCUGGUUAUAAUACCCUUGGAAGACCUUCAUCUUUACCUCUUAGUCGACAGAACUACCAAAGAUCUACCAGUAACCCUGACCUGGCAGGCAGUACUCCAACGUCACCUGAUGCUGAAGUGGGCAAUUUCUUGGGUCGUUAUAUGGAUAGAGGAGGAAGCAUGAGAGGAGAAGAGUUAGCUCAGCAAAUGUUUGGAUCCAGAACUGCUGCCAAAAAGUUUGUACAUGAAGAAUUGGCACUACAGUGGUCAGUUUUGAGUGGACCCAUCAGGGAGACUGCUAUGACAUAUUCCUGGUUCUUUUUUGAGCUGAUGAUAAAGAGUAUGGCUGAACAUCUAGCAAAGUGUGACAAACUAUCAGCACCCAGGCAAAUGAGAUUUCCAGAGUAUUUUGAGGAUGAUUUGAAGAAUCUCGUCAGAAUGUUUGUUAGGGAUAUAGUUGAUAAAUAUGAUAAGGAUCCAUCAUUAGUGAAGAGUUUAAAUACAAGUCUGGCAUUCUUCCUGCAUGACCUGUUGACCUAUAUGGACAGAUUUUUUGUCUUCCAGCAGAUACAUUUCUAUUGCAGAACUCUUGGUGACAAAAUGAGGAACCUAGCUGAAUCUACAUCACUGAUUCUACUCAAGUUAGAUUUCAUGAGAGUUGUAUGUAGUCAUGAACAUUACUUUCCUUUAAAUUUACCAUUUGGAACCCCUCUGACUCCAUCAGCCAAUUCAUCAAGUCCUACUCCCAGUAUUUCCAGUAUAACAUCGUCGUCAUCAUAUGCCUCCACCAGUACAUUGACAGACAAGGGAAGGUUCUAUGAAUUAACUAUAGAAUUCAGACAGCAACAUUUCCUGCUUGGGAUUGUGUUAUCAGACUUGUCAGUUAAUCUAGAUAUACAUAAUCCUGCCAUUCAUCCAAAGUCCAUCAAUGUGUUGAGAAAUCUGUUGUUGAACCACGACUUAGAUGUGAGGUAUACAGACCCAGAGAUGAAGGCCAGACUUGCUGCUCUGUACAUGCCAGUUAUAGGAAUUGUUAUCGAUUCAUUACCACAGCUAUGGGACCCAAAUGUUGAAGGUCGCCUCAAAAGCUUUAACUUUGAAUCUGAUGCAGAUAAGAUUAAUCAGCAUAUUGCUAUGGAGAUAGCUGGUUCUAGUGUAUUUGCAGGACGAGUGCAGGAAAGUCCUUCCUAUGAUGGGUCAAAGCCAAGAAAGUGUAAUCUGAAUGCAGAAUCUACAAGAAAUCUUCUGAUCUGUUUUAUGUGGGUGAUUAAGAACGUUGACCAGUCAGUACUACGUCAGUGGUGGUCAGAUAUGGACGUGGGUGUACUACAACAAAUACUGGACGUUAUUUAUUAUGUUGUAUCAAACUUUGAGUAUAGGGGAAAGAAAAGCUUAGCUCAGUAUUCUCAGCAGACAUUAAAGAAAAGUGUGGAUAUGAAGUCAAGGUUAGAGGAAGCCAUACUUGGUAGUUCUAAUGCUCGUAUGGAAAUGAUGAGAAGACGUCAAAAUUCUUCAGCAUCAUUGGCAGGAAUAGCAGGUGGUCCAGGGGAUAGAACACCACCUCUAGCAAAUGUUUUAGGUAUAACAGAGUCAGGAGGUAGACUCAGAUGGAGAAAGGACCAACUUCUAUAUAAGCCAACUGUAGAACAACCAGAUAUGUCAAAGCCAAGAGAUGUUGAAGCUGAUGCUCAUAUUGAGGGGAAUCUAGCUGCAGAAAUCAGUAUGACCUGUCUAGAUACGAUAGAACUCAUUACACAGAUUGCCAGAGCAAAUGGUCACAAUCAGAUAUUGAGCAGUGCCUUGAGAGUAUUGUUACAUAGUUUUGGUCUGAAUCAGAGUACUUUAGUCUUACAGAAUAUGUUUGCUUCUCAGAGGGCACUCGUCACAAGGUACUUGGAUCCAUUAUUUGAAGAGGAAACAGAACAAUGUGCUGAUUUAUGUCUUCGUCUGUUGAAACAUUGUAGCUCCUGUAUUGGCAGUAUCAGAUCUCAAGCUAGUGCCUCACUGUAUAUGUUGAUGAGACAGAAUUUUGAACUCGGAAAUAAUUUUGCCAGAGUAAAGAUGCAGGUGACGAUGUCUCUGAGUUCAUUGGUAGGACAGAACCAAAACUUUGAUGAAGAAUAUCUACGCAAAUCAUUGAAAACUAUUCUUACUUAUGCUGAAUCAGAUUAUGAUCUACAGGAUACAACCUUCCCUGAACAGGUUAAAGACUUGGUGUUUAAUCUCCAUAUGAUUUUAUCUGACACAGUAAAGAUGAAGGAGUUCCAGGAAGAUCCAGAAAUGUUACUGGAUCUUAUGUAUCGUAUAGCUAAAGGAUACCAGAACUCUCCUGAUCUCAGACUUACAUGGCUGCAGAAUAUGGCUAGCAAACAUAGUGAGAGAAGUAAUCAUGCUGAAGCAGCUCAUUGUUGUUGUCAUGCUGCAGCUUUAAUAGCAGAAUACCUCAAUAUGAUAGAGGAUAAACCUUACUUACCUGUCGGCUGUGUGGAUUAUCAGAAAAUAACAUUAAAUGUAUUAGAGGAAAGUGCUGUCUCAGAUGAUGUUGUCUCCCCUGACGAGGAAGGGAUCUGUACGGGAAAAUACUUCACAGAGAGUGGACUUGUUGGUCUCAUGGAACAGGCUGCUAGUUCAUUCACAAUGGCUGGUAUGUAUGAAGCAGUUAACUUGGUAUAUAAAAUACUGAUUCCUAUUCAUGAAGCUCAUAAUGAAUGUAAGAAACUGGCACAGAUCCACCAAAAGUUACAUGAUGCUUUCCAGAAUGUUACUCUACAGGAAGGGAAGAGAAUAUUUGGUACCUACUUUAGAGUUGGAUUUUAUGGUCAUAAGUUUGGAGAUCUUGAUGGUGAAGAAUUUAUUUACAAAGAACCAGCUAUUACCAAAUUACCAGAGAUAUCUCACAGACUUGAGAGUUUCUAUGGUGACAGAUUUGGGGAGGAAUUUAUACAUAUAGUAAAAGACUCCAACACAGUAGAGAGAGAUAAAUUAGAUCAAAACAAGGCUUACAUACAGAUCACCUAUGUGGAACCAUACUUUGACUUGUAUGAGAAGAGAAAUAAAACUACGUACUUUGAACAGAACUACAACAUCAAGAGAUUUAUGUAUGCCACACCUUUUACACUGGAUGGCCGAGCUCAUGGAGAACUGGUAGAACAGUACAAAAGAAAAACCAUACUAACAACACUUCAGACCUUCCCAUACAUUAAAACAAGACUGUCUGUCAUCAGCAGGGAACAGGUUAUACUAUUGCCAAUUGAGGCUGCUAUUGAAGACAUACAGAAAAAGACCAAAGAACUGGAUAUAGCUACAAAGGGACAAGAUACAAAAAUACUUCAAAUGGUGUUACAAGGCUGUAUUGGGACCACUGUUAAUCAGGGUCCAGUGGAAGUGGCCAUUGUCUUCCUGAAAGAGGUGAUACAGAAACCUGAUCAAGUCACUAAACAUCAUAAUAAACUCAGACUAUGUUUCAAAGAUUUUCUUAAAAAAGGAUAUGAUGCUCUUCAUAAGAAUAAAAACUUAAUCAAGCAUGACCAGAAAGAAUAUCAGAGAGAACUGGAGAGGAACUAUCAUGAAAUUAAAGAAAAACUCAAUCCACUAAUUUCAUCUAAGACUACUACAAUAAAACGAUCAAAGCACCAUAGAAGAACAAACAAAGAAUCUCCAACCAAACAGAAGUCAAUAGUGUAAACAGUAUCAAUAAGAUGGGCCAGUGCAAAAUCAUAUUGACUUUAUAUAUGGACUAGUCAGAACAGUUGUAGUUAGUUCAUUCAUUUAAAUAGUAAAUUGAUCUUAGUCAGUCAUUUGAAUUGUAUCUUUGAAGUUACAGAUCUGACACAUUUUAUAUAAUUUGAAAAUGUAUGUAAUGUUACAUUAUUAAAAUGAAAUAAGUUAUUAACAUAUAGAAAUAUAUCUUCAUUUGUUGUAUACCGGUAAAGCUUUUGUUAAAGCAUUUAUCCUGCUGGUAAAUCUCGGAACUGGCUAUAAACAAAUGUUUUUCUUAUUUGCGAUGUACAAAUAAUUAUUGAAAAUAUGUCAUUUCCUAUCAUAGUAUACACACUUUAUAUGUCAUAACAAUCCCAUUGACUGUUAGAGGUAAAUAAUAAUUGGUAUAUUUAUUAUAGAGCAUUUCACUAUCUCUUUGUAUUAAUAUAAAGCAUUCUUCCAUCAGUUUUGAAAAAAUCGGCAGUUUUGUUUAUACUUUUUUUUAAUGCAAAAAAAGAAUAAUCAUACAAGAACAAAUGCUAGUAUUAAAUGAUUUUAUUCAAAUUUAUUGUCAAGUUGUUUAAAUUGAUCAAACUUUUAACUAAUAAAAACUUGAGGCUUGAACAAUUUAACAUCCUUUUGAUAAACAAUUUCCCUUUAUGAUUGGCAUUUAAAUGAAGAAGAAAAAUCAAAAUAAUUUUUUUAGAUUGAAUCUUUUUAUUUACUUGGGUUAUUACUGUCAUCUGUAAAAACUGCGUAUUUUCUUUUGCAGAAUGUUAAUUUUUCUAAUUUUGUUUUAUAGUUUUAUAUCAUAUGUAAGUGACAUUUGAUAGAUAUAUACACAAAAUCAUGGUGUAAAUUUGAUUUUACUACCAGUAUUGUGAUUCACAAUGUACAGAAAAAUGAAAGUUUCAAUCUUUUAACAACAGUAAAUACAAGGUUAUACUUUUUAUACUGUUAGCUACUAAAAUAAAAAAAAAGUUUACUGAUGAAACUCAGCUCUACAUGUUCAGUCUUAUAAUUCUGUGUUAAUUAAAAUGUAUUUAAAGUAAACAGAACCAAAGGAGGAUUUAAUGAAGGUACAUAUAUACUAGUAGUUAAUGCAUAAUCUUUUAACAAGUCCUGUACGUUGUCUUGUUGACAGCACCUUUUUUUUUCAAAACCCUGGAUCUGCAUCUGAGAAGUAUAAUAUUUUUCAUUUUAUUUCCAUAUAUUCAUCCAUUUAUAGUACAAGAUAAUUCUGACUUCAUCAGCCAUGAACAUUUGUUAUGAAGAAUUACAUGUCAGUCAUAUUAUGUUGUGCUGAUGUUUUAAUUUUUACCUAGUGAUCAAAAUUAAUUAUUUGUUAUAUUUGUUGGUAUUUUGUUAUUUACUGUGAUUUUAGAAAAGUGCAAUAAACAUUGUAGAUAGAUCUGUUUUAUACUGCUUGUAGAAUGAACUUGCCAUGCUUUAAUAAAGUAUUAGAAAAUCUUUA